UGAUGUGGAAAAUUGACAUUUCACCUGGCUUGCCGCGCCCCAUGGCUGACGUCAUCCUCAAACUGCCUCAGAUCCGGAAAACCCGGAUUUUUAUAAGCCCCGAAAAUGCCUGGACACAUGAAGGUCCCCUCCAUCCUCCUCCUCUUCCUCUUCAGCCACACUGAGUGGGGACCCCUGAGGACAUCGGCGACCCCUGUAGGACCCCUGGGUGGUGUCCUGUACCCCUUUGGACCUGGGGAGGGGGAUGAGGCCACCGACCACGAGGACGACGGGACGAGCCCUGAGAUCUUCCUGCAGGAAAACUUCUCCUUCUAUGGGCAUGCCUACCGCUCGCUCUAUGUGAACAACAACGGUGUGGUGUCCUUCGGGACAAUGGUCCCGGAGUUCACCCCCCAGCCCUUCCCACUGCCAGGCCACCGCCCCUUUGUGGCACCAUACUGGGCUGAUGUGGACACCCGUCUGGGAGGGAACGUCUUCUACCGGCAGAGUCAGGACCCCCAACUGCUGGCACGCCUGGCCCAGGAUCUGGCACCUGCUGUGCCACCUGGGGACCCGUCCCCACAGCCUACCUGGGCAUUUGUGGCCACCUGGGACCGUGUGGCCUAUUUUGGGGCUGCUUCACACAAGGUGAACACCUUCCAGGCUGUGCUAGCCUCCGAUGGUGUGACCUGCUUUGUCCUGCUCAACUACGGGGACUUGCAGUGGACAACUGGCAUCGCUAACCAGGGGGAUCUCCACACUGGCCUGGGGGGCAUCCCUGCACAGGCUGGGUUCGACAGUGGGGACGAUGUCCACUACUACAAUAUACCAGGGUCACGCACGCCUGCAGUGCAGAGCCUCAGCCGCCGCAGCAACAUAGGGGUCCCAGGGCGCUGGGCUUUCCGUGUUGACCACUUCAAGGCCACUGAGGGACCUCCCGAGACCCCUGGCACCGUGUCAAAAACCCCUGAGGACCCCUGGAAUCCCUUGGCGUCCCCCUCAGUAUCCCCCAACCCCCCCAGGACCACAGAGGAGCGGGUGUAUGUCUGCAGGUCCUGAGCAGGUGACACCUGGGACAUUUGGGGUAGGGGGGUUGCCUAACAGCCCUCACCCCACUCCCACAGAAGGAUGUGCCACCAUGGAGGCUGCAUUAUGAUGGAAAUAGCAAUAAACACCCGCUGAGCAACACCUGUGUCAGGUGUGUGUACACAGAUGCAUGUAGGCAGCAACACAGGUGUCGUGUGAAAUGUGUACCCAUCCCCGCCUGUUCCCAAGAAGGUGACGGAGUCAAUUGAAGAGGGAAAUUGUCAGUGAGGGGUGACAUCUGGGUUGUACAUAGGUGUGACACAGAUAUACCUGGACAACAUCUGUUGUCAGAUGCACUAUACCUGGACAGCACCCAGCUCACACACUCCUACAGUGGUGGUACACCUGGACAACACCUGAGUUCCACACAGGUGGAUCCACUUGGGUAACACCUGCUGCAAUGCAAUACUCUACACAGACAACACCUGGGUUGCACAGAGGUGUACCAUCACCUGGACACCAUCAGCCCAGCUGAGGGCCCCAACACUGAAACCAAGGGCAGAGUAGAGACAAGGGUUUGGGUUACAGUUAGGGUUAGAGGUUACAGUUUGGGGUUAGUGGUUAGGGUUAGGACUGUGGUUUGGUUAGGAGCAGGGCUAGGACUUACAAUUUGAGUGGGUUAGUGUUACAUUAGGGAUUAUUGUUAGGGUCAGAUGUUAGGGAUGCUUUUAUUAUAUAGCUGUAAGCUUUUAUUUAAUAUUGGAGCGGCAUAAUUUUUCAUAUCUGUAGUUAUCCUUUUGGGGUCAGGAUGUCAUAGAUACUGAUGUAGUGCUAGAUUUUUAGUGAGAAAUAUUUUUCAGUCCAGGGCGCAGGUAUGGUGCAGAGGAACUUCUAAAGUGAGCCAAUAUUAAGCCCCGUUUUGCUUUACACCAACACUGUCCUUUCUUACAGGUCUUUAGUGAUGACAAAGGGGCCAGGGUUUAUUUUCUAAAUUAGUUACCCUUUCAAAGAUCUGUUUAUUAACUGACACCAAGAUCACUUAGUAGCAGCUUAUUGUUGAUGUGGGGAGGAGCCUGGAAGAGAAGGGGUUGAUGGAGAUGUCUCAAAUACCAAGAGCCAUCCAAGGACUGUUGGUGAAGAAGCAAGAAUGAUGUGAUUGUGGAAGGGGCCAUGCACAGAUAGGGCACCAUUUUCCUGGCACAAACGUCCUUGUUCCAGUCCCUAGAGACACAACAGACAAAAGACAGCAUCAGCACAGGAAAGGGCAGGGUCUGUCGACCAAAGAUUGAUCUAGCAGGGGUGAGAACUGACCACUCAAGACUCCCAAAGCUUCCAACCCACUUCAAGACAGAUCUGAAAGAAUGGACUGAGCAUGAGAAUUAAUGUCCAGAGAUAGUCACAGCUAUCUGUCUGUAAAAUGGUAUCACCACCAAGCCCAAGCACUGCCUCCAGGACUGUGACUAUCAUAUCACUUUCCUUCCUGCCUACCUUUUGCUUCCCUCCCUCACUUCCUCCCUUCCCUGGCAGCUUUGGACAAGAGUUCUGUAUCUGAAACUUGCCUGUGGCCUUGUGGCUCACGAGAUGGCUAGGGUAGCCUUCACCAAGAUGUCUGCAGAGGAAUCCACAUGGAUCAGUCUCUUUUCCAUCCCUGUGAGAGGCACCCGCUCCUAAUGGUGGGAUCCCCAGUGCCCAACUUGGAGGACUGCAAUGGGAGCUGCAGGUGGGCUGGGAAAUGACCAGAGCCCCUGGCAAGGGGCUACUAAUCGACUUGCCGGAAUUUCUGGUUCUGGGCACUGGUAGUGCCUCAAAACAUGAGAUCUGGGUGGUGCCUGUGCCAGCAAUGGGAAAUUGCUGGAUUUUGACUUUCUAUGCCAGCAAAUUGCUGGACUUGGGCUGUGCUGGCACCAGGAAAUUUCCAGAUCUGUACACUGGUGGUGACUGCAAACACCAGAUCUGGGUGGUGCCUGUGCCGACAAUGGGAAAUUGCCAGUUUUGGCUUUUUCUGCCAGCAAAUUGCUGGACUUGGGGUCUGCCGGCACUGGGAAAUUUCCGGAUCAGGGCACUGGUGGUGUCAGCAUGUUACGUGGAGUCAUGGGUCAGAGACAGAAACAGCAUGAACUCUCAGAGAUCCAUAUGACAAAAACCUGUCUUAUUAUUCAGACCUUUCUUAUAUAAGGGGUUGGAAUCCCUCCGGCUCAAGACAGCUGAUUGGUUGGGACUUAAGACUGCCCAGCUCUCUGACCAUUGAGGUGUCUGUGGCUUAGGAUGGAACAUCAUUGGGUGUAGUCCCUGUUUGGGUUUGAAUAUAUCCUAUCAUUGUUCACAUAGGGGGUUGUUUCUUGAACCAUGCUAACUGGACUGGAUUUCUUAUCUAUGGUUGAAUUAAUUGUCCAACUACAAGCCAGCUUUUGCUGUGACAAUUUCCUGUUUCCUUUUUUAUUAAAAAUAUGCAACUUGUUUUCUGUCAUUUUACCUACAAGGGUUCUUUGCAAGCAAGAUGACACAGCAUGAGUCUAAUUUGAAUGACGUUUUCAACCUAAUUUAACAAAUUUAGGUCCCCCAGCUGGCAAUGUGUUCCAUGUAUCACUGGAGCUGCGGCAUUCAUGUUCAGGAGCUGUCAGGCAAAACCACUAACCUUGGGGCUAGCGUGUCACAGUUUAACUACUUAAAGUUAUAAAUUACAACUUCACUCUAUAAACAAGAAAAUAUUUAACCUUUUAAACUGAAAUUAUAACUUAACUCUAUAAAUAGAAACAUUCAACUUUAGAACUGUCAGAAAAAAAACUAUUUAACAGAGCAAACAAUUUGUAAA